AUGAACAUCGACGAUAACCUCCCCCCCCGCCCCCACCUCUUCCCCCGCCGCCCCGCCCCCCUCGCCUCCCGCUACCUCGACGAAAUCUACCCCAACCUCUGGCUCGGCAGUCUCCAAGCCGCCGAAUCCGCCGAGAUCCUGCAAACCUGCGGCAUCACCGACAUCAUCAGCAUCACCUCGCACCGCCCGCGCAUCCCGCCCAACCUCGGCAUCACAAAGACGCACUUCCGGCUGCGCGACAACACGGACGCGGACCUGCUGAGCAUCCUGCCGGAGUGCAUCCGGCGCAUCGAGGAGGUCAUGGCGGCGCCGGCUCCCGGGGGUCGCGGGCGCGAGAGGAGGGUGCUGGUCCAUUGUAGGAUGGGGAUUACAGCGAUGAAGCACGCCAACAUCCCCGCCCGCCUCGCACUCGAGUUCGUCCGCUCCCGCCGGCCCAUCGUGAAUCCGAACAAGGCAUUCAUGGCGCAGCUGACGGUGUGGGGCGAGUGCGGGUACGACACUGCGCUGCUGAUGCCCGACAUGUCUUUACCGGAGGCGGAGGAGCAGGAGGAGGAGGGCCCGAGCGAGGAGGAGAUGCUGCAGAUGGCGCUGGAGAUGAGUCUUGCUGCGUCGGAGCCCGAGUCUGGGGGUGCCGAGGCGCUGGCGGAGACGUUGGCGGCCGUCGGCGGGGGGAGGCUGGUGGUUGUGAAUCCGGAUCAGGCGUCGGAGGCGGAGGUGGUGAUGGCGGAGGCGGAGGAGGGGGCGGGUGCUGAUGUGACUGCUGGUGCGGGCGCGGGCGCUAACGGGGCUGAUGCGAUAACCGUCAUUCCCGCUCCGCAUACAGCACCACAGACACAGCUAGAUAUAGAUAUAGACAUAGAGAUGACCGCGCCCCCCAACCCCACGCUCCCCUCUCUCGCAGCACACCCCCAGUCGCAAGAACCAACAACGCCCGAGCUCCUAUCACAAUACGACAUACUCACCACAUCCAAACCAACACCCACAACCACACCGGCGCAGGCGCUGGUGGGUCUGCACCCUGAGGCGCGCAUACAGAGAGCUGUCGUGGUGGCGGCCGCCGAAGAGGAGUGGGUGGUGGUUACGAUGGAGGAGGGGAUGCGGAGGCGCUUUGAGGAGUGUGUUAGGGAUGUUGGAGGGGUGGGGCGGUAG